CUUUCACGUCAUACGUUCUCACCUCUCUUCCUCCCAGCCUCUCAUCCCUCUGCCUCCUCCUGUCAUUCGCCGACCGACUCUCUCCACCAGGAUCAAACACACAGCAGGAUGUCUAUUGUGAAUAUUGUUGCCAGGGAGAUCCUCGACUCCAGAGGAAACCCCACUGUGGAAGUGGAUCUGCACACAGCCAAAGGUCUGUUCAGGGCGGCGGUGCCCAGCGGAGCGUCCACUGGCAUCUACGAAGCUCUGGAGCUCAGGGACGGAGAUAAGACUCGCUACAAGGGCAAAGGCGUCAUCAAGGCCGUUGGACACAUAAAUGACACCCUCGGGCCCGCUCUCCUGCAGUCUGGAAUCAGUGUCCUGGAGCAGGAGAAGCUGGACAACAUGAUGAUUGAAAUGGACGGCACUGACAACAAAUCCAAGUUUGGGGCCAAUGCUAUUCUUGGAGUGUCGCUGGCUAUAUGCAAAGCCGGUGCUGCGGAGAAAGGCGUCCCCCUGUACCGUCACAUCGCAGAUCUGGCAGGAAACGGCGACCUUGUCCUCCCAGUUCCAGCUUUCAACGUAAUCAAUGGGGGCUCGCAUGCCGGUAACAGACUGGCCAUGCAGGAGUUCAUGGUUCUCCCUGUAGGUGCAGACUCUUUCCGCCACGCCCUGAGGAUGGGAGCCGAGCUUUACCAGACACUGAGGAGCGUCAUCAAGGAGAAGUACGGCCAAGACGCCACGAACGUGGGAGAUGAAGGCGGGUUCGCCCCUAACAUCCAAGAGAACAGUGAAGCCCUGGAGCUGAUAAAGACAGCCAUAGAGAAGGCAGGGUUCACAGACAAAGUGGUCAUAGGGAUGGAUGUCGCUGCCUCUGAGUUUUUCAGCGAGGGCAAAUAUGAUCUGGACUUCAAGUCUCCACCCAACGCUGCCCGCAACAUCAGCGCUGAGGAGCUGGCCAGCAUCUACCAGGGCUUCAUUAACAACUACCCAGUCGUGUCAAUUGAAGAUCCUUUUGACCAGGAUGACUGGCCUGCUUGGUCACAGUUCACCGCUUCAGUUGGCAUCCAGAUUGUUGGAGAUGAUCUGACGGUGACAAACCCCCGCAGGAUACAACGAGCUGUGGAGGAAAAAUCCUGCAACUGUCUGCUCCUUAAAGUCAACCAGAUUGGCUCUGUGACGGAGGCCAUCAAAGCAUGUAAACUGGCCCAGGAGAACGGCUGGGGGGUGAUGGUGAGCCACCGCUCCGGUGAGACAGAGGACACAUUCAUAGCUGACCUGGUGGUUGGUCUCUGCACUGGACAGAUCAAGACUGGGGCUCCAUGUCGAUCAGAGCGUCUGGCCAAAUACAACCAACUUAUGAGGAUCGAGGAAGAGUUAGGUGACCAGGCCCGCUUUGCUGGUCACAACUUCCGCAACCCCAGUGUCUUUUGAGCCAUCAGCAGCAGUGCACAAGAAACCAAAAGAUAUUAAGUGCUCACUUGUCUCAGUGGAGACUCAAACACACACACACACAAUUCACUCAUAAAUAAGUCUUAGAAUAAAUAAAAACGACUAGAAAACAUACUGUGGCGAUGUUAAUCUAAUGUCUCAGCAAGUGAAGUCACACUUCUUCUGGUGGUCUUGUUAGUUUCUUUUUCUUUCCUGAUCCCUCGUAUUGUGUGCUUUUCACCCACUCCUGAAAGGUUUUAGUCUUUUGUGCCUAAUUGUUUUGCCUGUUUCCUGUUUCACUGCAACAAUUUACUGGUACUUAAUCAGAAACCAUAAUAAAGUGAUCAAUAUAUGAAGUUUU